UGCUAUUUUCUGUAUUCGAAUAGCUCAAAUAUAUUUCCCCCUAAAUCUUAGUCAUUUUGUCCUGUUCUCUCUCUAUCAUCAACCAUGUCAGCCGAAUCAUCCUCUGCCAUUCAAAGAAGUCAGGUUGAUCUACUGGACUUUGUGAACUGGUCGGGUGUGGAAUGUUUAAAUCAAAGCAGCAGUCAUUCUCUUUCGAAUGCUCUCAAAAAGGGUUACAGAGAAGAUGAGAGUUUGAAUUUGGAAAGCGAUGCAGAUGAGCAGCUAUUGAUUUAUAUUCCAUUUACUCAAGUUAUUAAACUGCACUCUAUUGUCAUUCAAGGGCCUGAGGAGGAAGGUCCUAAAACUGUGAAACUUUUUGCUAACAAGGAGCAUAUGGGAUUCAGCAAUGUCAAUGACUACCCUCCAAGUGACAUUGCUGUUUUGUCUGAGGAUAAUCUCAAGGGAAAACCAGUUAUCUUGAAGUAUGUUAAGUUUCAAAAUGUUCGCAGUCUAACAAUUUUCAUUGAGGAUAAUCAAUCUGGUUCUGACAUUACAAAAGUUCAAAAGAUCGUUCUCUCUGGAACAACGGUGGACACUACGGACAUGAAAGGUUUGAAAAAGAUCGAGGAUCACUGAAUCUGGAAUUAGCAAAAGAGGGGAAAUUUUUAUUUCGUAUCGAAGCAUCAUUAGCAUCUCUGUCUCUCAUUAAAACAAUUGCAAUGAGAUCUUUUCUUGUUAAAGAAAAAUCUAGUGAUAUACUUAAUCUCGCUUUACACAUGGUGAGUUUUGGCCUUUGUACCCUUUUCAGAUAUACAUGCUAUGUUUAUUGGAAUGACAAGUUGGUAGUAACUGUUUUUCGUUUUAA